AUACACAUCCUCUGAUAUAAAGACAUAGAAACAGUGUAUUCAGUCAGUGUGUGUUUCCUACAGAUGGAUCCAGUAAUGGGAACCCACCUGAGAGAUGUCCCCGUCCUCUGUAUUCCCGGGACUCCACACAGGAACAUCAGGAGAUCCUUCAGGAGGAUCAGAAUACAAAUCCAAUUAUUAUAAAAGUUGAAGUGAAGGAAGAAGCGGAAGAGAUGUCUAUGAUGGGUGAUGAGCCGUGUAAACAGAAGGAAAUCCCUACAGAGAUCAGCACAGACCCCGGAGGCACCAUAGAGACUCAGAGAAGCGUCAAAGUUGAAGAGGAAGAAGAAGAAAUACAAGUGAGGAUUAAAGAGGAGGAAGUUCCUAUGGAGAUCAGCACAGACCCCGGAGACACCAGAGACAAUCAGACAGACGUCGAGGCUGAGGAGGAGGAAGAAGACCCUUUGAGGAUUAAAGAAGGAGAAAUCCCUCUAGAGAUCAGUACAGAUGGAUGUCACAAGGGGGUCAAAACAUUUCCUUGCUCUGAGUGCAGCCAAUGUUUUUCCGAGAGAGCAGAUCUCAUCUCACAUCGGAGAGAUCACACAAUGCAGAAGAAGUACCUUUGUCCCGAAUGUGGAAGAUGUUUCAACGAGAGAGCGAAGCUGAUGGUGCAUGAAAUGGGUCACAAAGAGGAGAAGCCAUUGUCAGAUGGAUGUCACAAAGGGGUCAAAACAUUUCCCUGUUCCGAGUGCAGCCAAUGUUUUACAGAGAAAGCAGCUCUCAUCUCACAUCGGAGAGAUCACACAAUGCAGAAGAAGUACCCUUGUCCCGAAUGUGGAAGAUGUUUCAACGAGAGAGCGAAGCUGAUAGUGCAUGAAAUGAGUCACAAAGAGGAGAAGCCAUUGUCCUGCUCCCAGUGUGGCCUGUGUUUCAGUGACCAGUCCUAUCUUCUCAGCCAUCAGAAAGUUCACACGGGGGACACCUUAUCUUGUGCAGAAUGUGGGGACAUGUUUACAGAGGAAUCCUACCUUCUUCGGCAUCAGAAGACGCACAGCGGGAAGAAAGUAUUAUCCUGUUCGGAGUGCGGAAGGAGUUUUCCAUCGGAGUCCAAACUCAUUAAACAUAAACUAGUUCACUCGAGGGAGAAGUCAUACACUUGCCAUACGUGUGGGAAAUGCUUUGGAGAGAAGCAGAGCCUUUCGGUCCACCUGCGUCACCAUAAGAAGCGGUUUUCCUGUUUGGUGUGCAGGAAGUACUUUGUAUCCAAUUAUUCGCUCCUCCAACAUCAGAGGAGUCACACUGGCGAGCGGCCGUUCGCGUGCUCCGAAUGUGGCAAGAGCUUUGCAGACAAAUCAUGCCUCAGAUCGCACUGGAAGACGCAUCCGGAGGUAGAAUUCAAGCCGUACGUCUGCUCUGAAUGUGAUCAGUGUUUCAGUCGCAAGUUGGACCUCUUUAGCCACCAAAGAUUCCAUGUGGCUGAGACGCCCCACGUGUGCUCGGCCUGCGGGAGAUGUUUUGUGAACAAGCACGUUUUACAGAGGCACCAGAGCAACUUUAGCGAUGAGACGGCGUUCAAAUGUUUAGUGUGCAAAAAGUCUUUCCCAUGGAGGGGCUGCCUCAAUUACCACAAGAAUGAACACUACGUCUGGAAGACAACAGCAUGAUGGGACGGAGGAAGAUGGGAGUGAUCCAAUGUGGUUUUGUAUGUUUUUCAUGAACUCUGUAAAUAAAUAAAUAAAAAUUUGAGAGA